GCGGCGGCGGCGGCGGCGGCGGCGGCGGCGGUCAGCGCGUCCCGUGCCGGUGCCCAGCAGCCGCCGCCGCCGCCGCUCGGCAACAUGGCGGACCUGGAGGCCGUGCUGGCCGAUGUCAGCUACCUGAUGGCGAUGGAGAAGAGCAAGGCCACGCCGGCCGCCCGCGCCAGCAAGAAGAUCGUCCUGCCCGAGCCCAGUAUCCGGAGUGUGAUGCAGAAGUAUCUCGAAGAGAGAAACGAAAUAACCUUUGACAAGAUUUUCAACCAGAAAAUUGGUUUCUUGCUAUUUAAAGAUUUUUGUUUGAAUGAAAUUAAUGAAGCUGUACCUCAGGUGAAGUUUUAUGAAGAGAUAAAAGAAUAUGAAAAGCUUGACAAUGAAGAAGAUCGCCUUUGUAGAAGUCGAAAAAUUUAUGAUACUUAUAUCAUGAAAGAGCUGCUAUCUUGUUCGCAUCAAUUCUCAAAGCAAGCUGUAGAACAUGUACAAAUCCACCUAUCCAAGAAAGAAGUGACAUCAACUCUUUUUCAGCCAUACAUAGAAGAAAUUUGUGAAAGUCUUCGAGGCAACAUUUUUCAAAAAUUUAUGGAAAGUGACAAGUUCACUCGAUUUUGCCAGUGGAAAAACGUAGAAUUAAAUAUCCAUUUGACCAUGAAUGAUUUCAGCGUUCAUAGGAUCAUUGGCCGAGGAGGAUUUGGUGAAGUAUAUGGUUGCAGGAAGGCAGACACUGGAAAAAUGUAUGCGAUGAAAUGCCUCGACAAGAAGAGGAUCAAGAUGAAGCAAGGAGAAACAUUAGCCUUAAAUGAGAGGAUUAUGCUGUCUCUUGUGAGCACAGGAGAUUGUCCUUUCAUUGUCUGUAUGACCUAUGCCUUCCACACUCCCGAUAAGCUCUGCUUCAUCCUGGACCUGAUGAACGGGGGCGAUUUGCACUAUCAUCUCUCCCAGCAUGGUGUUUUUUCGGAGAAGGAAAUGAAGUUCUACGCCACGGAGAUCAUCCUGGGGCUGGAACACAUGCACAGUCGCUUUGUCGUGUACCGAGAUUUGAAGCCCGCGAAUAUCCUCUUGGAUGAACACGGACACGUGAGGAUAUCAGACCUAGGCCUGGCGUGUGAUUUUUCGAAAAAGAAGCCGCACGCGAGUGUGGGCACGCAUGGCUACAUGGCUCCCGAGGUGCUGCAGAAGGGGACGGCGUAUGACAGCAGUGCCGACUGGUUCUCCCUGGGCUGCAUGCUCUUCAAGCUCCUGAGAGGUCACAGCCCUUUCAGACAACAUAAAACCAAAGAUAAGCACGAGAUAGACCGAAUGACACUCACCGUGAACGUGGAGCUCCCCGACACCUUCUCCCCGGAGCUGAAGUCCCUGCUGGAGGGCCUGCUGCAGCGUGACGUCAGCAAGCGGCUGGGCUGCCACGGAGGCGGCGCGCAGGAAGUGAAAGAGCACAGCUUCUUCAAAGGCGUCCACUGGCAGCACGUCUACCUGCAGAAGUACCCGCCCCCCUUGAUCCCUCCCCGGGGAGAAGUGAACGCCGCCGACGCCUUUGACAUCGGCUCCUUUGAUGAGGAGGACACCAAAGGCAUCAAGCUCCUUGAUUGCGACCAAGAACUCUACAAGAACUUCCCUUUGGUAAUCUCCGAACGCUGGCAGCAGGAAGUAGCGGAAACAGUUUACGAAGCAGUAAAUGCAGACAUGGACAAAAUCGAGGCCAGGAAGAGAGCUAAAAAUAAGCAACUGGGCCAUGAAGAAGAUUAUGCACUGGGGAAAGACUGUAUCAUGCACGGGUACAUGUCGAAGCUGGGAAACCCCUUCCUGACCCAGUGGCAACGUCGCUAUUUUUACCUCUUUCCAAAUAGACUUGAAUGGAGAGGAGAGGCGGAGUCCCGUGAUUCCUGGAGUAUUUACCCCAAAAAACAUAAAAUGCAAAACUUACUGACGAUGGAACAGAUUCUGUCUGUGGAAGAAACUCAGAUUAAAGACAAAAAGUGCAUUUUGUUGAGGAUCAAAGGAGGGAAACAAUUCGUCUUGCAAUGUGAGAGCGACCCCGAGUUCGUGCAGUGGAAGAAGGAGCUGACGGAAACGUACACCGAGGCCCAGCGGCUGCUGCGACGGGCCCCCAAGUUCCUCAACAAGCCCCGGCCGGGCGCCGUGGAGCUGGCCAAGCCCCCACUCUGUCACAGGAGUAGCAACGGCCUUUGACGGCAGGACGGGGAGGGCCCUGGGUGAGACAGGGCCCCCGCUCGGGAAGGCCACGCCGGGGGCUGCGCCCCCCCCCCCAGGGAGCCCCGUGGAAGGGGGCCACACUUAUCUCGGGGGAUCUCGGCAGCCAGGGGGCCCCGGGGCCCUAAGACGCUGCUCCCAGGAGCCAUGGUGACUGUCCUCAGGCAGGAGGUGGGAGGGGGCCCCCAGCCCUGCCGAUCCCUCCUGGGCACCUCCCGCCGCGGCCCUCGUGUUGCCUGCACUCAACUACUGAAGAGACGAGAGUUCUUGGUCUUGGCUACACACUUAUUUUGGUAUAUCCGAACCUCGCAUCGAAACGGUCCCGUUCCCACCACUCCAGCUACCGUCAGACCUGCCGUCGGCUCGCGGGGAUGGACGGGCUCCACUGCCUCCGGAGCUGGUUCACAGGCGGCCCGCCCUAAAGAGCCGGUACUGGGUGUCCAGUCGGCUGGGUACUAGCGUGGGCGGCGAACCCACGUCCUUUGGUCCUGGGCCGGGUGGGGGCCGCGGUGGAGGGGUGUGGGGGGCGGGGCAGAGAGGGAAGAUGUUCUCAGCUGAGGCUGCUCACUGCCCGCAAGCGCCCAGCACACCAGGACGGCUUAAAGUGGGGGGGGGGGGCAUGUUCCAGUAUCAGGGAGUCUCAGUCCCAGGGCCCCUGCGACCCUGAGAAAUCAGCCAGGGCCCCGGGCAGGAGGGUUCGCCUGAGCAAACUUUCCCGGCGUCCGGGAGGGCGUGGAUGCUGCCGGGUCUGUCUGGGGCCUCGCCAGUGAGGCACCGAGUGGCACGGCCGUCCUGGACCCGUCCACCCGUUCUCAGGAAACACCAGUAACGGGCGCACGCGGGGAGAGGAGGCCGGCUCUGUCCUCCACACGCUGAGUUCAUUUAAAGUGAAUUUUCCCGAGGAAACAAGGAGUGUGUGGACACGGGUGGCCCGAGAGAGGAUUCUCCUUGACUUCAGGGUUGUCGUUGUGGCGUGUCCGUGCCGAGGGCUCGCGGCCUCUGGCGGGGACAGCAGGAGAGCCUGGGGCAGCCUUUCACCUCGGUCCAUUUGUCCUUGCUGUGUUUCGUGCCAUUUUCAUGCUCCUCCCCCCCCCCACCCCCGCACCCCCAAUAAAUGCUGAGUCGUAAGAACCACUGUGCUACCCAGCCCAGCCCAGUCCUCCAAGUCAUCAGACUGGGGUGGUGGGGGGUGGGGAGGAGGAGUUCUGAGCAUUCAAGCGUUUGUUCAGUCUUGGUGCCAUGUGGGUGUCCGUCUCUCCAUCGCUGGCAUCAUCCUCAUGACCCGUACCCCGGCCUAGAGACCUCCCGAAGGCUUCGCGACUUGGCGCUCAUGUACAGUGCUCUCGGAGAGAGAACGCGCUAGCAGUGGACAUCCUGUCUGGGGAGUUUGGGAGAGGGUUGCGGCAAGGACAGAGACCUGGACAGGCACUGCCCGCCUCUGCCUCUGCUGUCCUCGGGGACGGGAAUUUGCAUCAUGGUCUGCUGUUUCCGCGGGGACGGCGGGGAGAGUCUGGGGGUCCUCGUCCCAGGGACCCUCCAGACAUAACAAGGGAAGCACCGGGCCCCAGGUUUAGUUUUUUUGUUUAACAGAAACAGGAAAAAUAGCGGCUCUUUGUUGCGUCUGCCUCAGUUGUCCCUGCUGUCAGUCUCAUGCCCCCCCCCCCCCGCCCCAGGCACUGGGCACUGCAGGUUCAGGCCACCCCCCACCCCAGACCAGGGGGGCCGGCUGCUUCAGGGCCUGAGCUGCAGGGCACUAACUCUGCCCACUCGCCUCUCUCUGGAAAAUACCCUCUGGGCUCCGAAGCAGACAGCAGGUCAGACUCUUCGAGCGAGGAGAACGUUCAUCGGAAACUCUCCCUUUCGCUUCAGACGCUGUCCCCGACACCUGCCCCCGGGCCACAUCUGAUUUAGGGUGACAUGGCCUAAAGUGCCUCUGGGAGGGGGUGGUCACUGGCCACGUGGGGGUCCGGUUUCGCAGCCCUGGGCCUGAGCCAGCAGCCUGGCCAUGUGGUAAGCGGGUAUUUCUGCUUCCACAUGAAGACCCCUCCUCCCCCACCCCCCAAGAAGCCUGAGGGCUCCGGAGUGUCCCUAAAUGCCUGGACGUCCCCCAAGUCCUGACAUUUGCCUCCUUCCCGGGGUCUGGACCUUUAUAAAGGACCAAACGUAGCACAAAUCUGCUUCUGACCUUAGAAUUCCGCGGUGGGGAUAUUUUCAAGUGCUCCAAGAUAAAGUUACUAUUUUUAUAAAAUGUUAUCACAGAUCUUCCUGUCAGCCCCCCAAUGGAACCAGUAAAGCGAGAGGCCUAUCACAGCAGGUGACGACAUUCGUUUCCGGGACCCCACAGGACGGGGGUUAAUGCCCAAUGCCCGACUCCUGCAAAACCCCGGGCUUGUGACCAGUUUCUGCCUGAACCCUGGGCCUCUCCUCGGGGCCCGGGUUCCCUCCUGUCACCGGACACCCGGUGUGUCCUUCCACCUGAUGGAGUUGGAUGGCCCACCAGGCCUUUCGGAGACCCCGGGACCCUGUCCCCGUCUCGGCCAGCUGGCUGAGGCCGCAGGCCCCAGUGCUGUAGGGAGAGGCGCUUACCGUGCAGUGGGCUCGGAGAGCAGGUGCCCACCCCGUUCCCCCCAGCGCAGUAGCCUGUCCCCCCCACCCCCCACCCCGCCACCCCCUGACCCAGCACAGGGCGAUCUGAAACCCGCCCUGCGGCCGUCUUGAAAGCAGCUGUUUCAGCACCUGCCGCUGCCCAGAAGGAUGGUGCGGCUUUACUAGCUCCAGAAGAGCAAAGUGUCUCUUUUUUUUCUUAUUCUUUUUCCUGAUUUUUAUUUUUUUAUUUUUUUAUUUUUUUGGUCCUCUGAACUCAUUAACUCUGAAUCUGUAGGUGGGCUGAUUCAGUUCAGCAUUUUUUUUUUUAAUCUUUCUUAGCUCUCAGAUGUGUCCACAUAGCAAGAAGGAAACAGGUGCCAGGACUUCCCCUGAUGGAUGCCUGUGACCGUCAGGCUUGUCCGGGCGUGAGCCCACUGGCCUGGCCAUCCCUUGGGGCCUGCUCCUGCCCCCAGGCACUAUCUGCUUUUUUUUUUUUCUUUUACUCUGCCCAAUAACCCGAGGUGGCUGGGAGUUUGGGCGGGAGGCCCCAGGGAGGAAGGUAGUGGGAGGAACAGGGCAAAGGGAGACAGGAAUAAAUGUGCAGGCACAAAAGCAUCCUCUUGGCCAGAGCAGCAGCAGACAGGGCGCUUGCCUGAGUUUGAUCCCUGGCACCCCGUAGGGUCUCUCAAGGCCUGCCAGGAGCGGUUCCUGACCGAGCACAGAGCCAGGAGUAAGUCCUGAGCACCGCAGGGUGUGACCCUCAAACAAACAAAAGCAUUAUCCCGGGGGCAGAGAGAGAGAGAGAGAGAGAGAGAGAAUCCAGGGUGAAGGCCCUUGCCUUGGCAUGCAGGUGACUCAGACGACCCAGAUUCGAUCCCCAGCUCCACAGAGGGUCCGCUCCCCUGCAUUCUGCUAGGAGGGAGUCCUGAGCACAGAGCCAGGAGUAAAUCCUGAACACUGCUGAGUGUGGCCCCCGAAACAGAAAGCCUUUUCUCGGGGCCCGAGGACCAGCGAAGUGACUGGAGGACCCGUGAGGAGGACUCCCUGCAGACCCCAGGGCCGAGUGCUCAUUCUUAGACCCAUGGCUGGGUGUUUGGAGGCUCUUGCUUUCCGUCGGCACAGAGCCGCUGGCUGUGGGCCAGGAACUCCAGUCCCCCUGCAGGAGGACGCACGGCCCCAGCGUGGCCACCCCCUGUGUGCGUGCACGGCUCCUUGGAGGAACAGCUGCGGGGCCUGCUGCUCAUGGCCUGCUGCUCAGGGCGGACUUGGUCAGAGUCCCCGGGAGCAGCCCCGGCCUGCAGGAGGAGCCACGCCCAUGUCUCCAGCGGCCUUGACUCCCAGUUUUGUUUCUUAGUAUUUUAAACUACGCCUGACUGUGCGCAGAGGCUAAUCCCAGCUCUGCUCAGGGGACUUGGCGGUGCCAGAAUUUGAACCCAGGCCUCCCAAAAAAGCAUGCACGGAGCUCGUGGAACUGCCCUGCUGGCCUUCUUCACUGAGAAAAACUUUUUUCUUUCUCCCUCCCAUGUAAGGGGUGACUGGAGAAGCUUCAAUGACUUAGAAAGGUUCACGUUGAUCAUUUUUCAAAAUCCAGGUCACAUUUUUAAAGUUGCUUUUAUUUUUUUAUUUUAUUAUUAUUAUUAUUUUUGCUAUAGAAUCAAUAAAAGUUGAUCUAUAGAAUGGGACUCCUUGAUUUCCCCAAGUAAUAGACUGUGGACAGCCUUUUGUCCUCAAAAAAAACAGGAUCAUUGUUUCUCUUGAGCUAGGUAACAAGGCUCCCUGUCACAGCCCCCAAAGGCCCCAAAGGCCCGGGGGACUGAGUGAACAGUGGUUCCUGAUGUGAAUCAAGGCAGCACUCCAAAUUUUAAAUUGCCUUUCACUUUUAAAGUAGCUGAAACGCAUCAACUAUUAAUCCAUGUUCCGUGGUUUUUUUUUUUUUUUUUUUUUACUCUUAAAACCACAGACCAUGGGUUCACAGUUAGGUGUAUUUCCUCCAGAUCCAGCAAAGAUACUGCGUUUUAGCAUGAAAUAAGUCGGAUGCUUAGAGUUCACUCUCUUGGACCUAAUCUCUGAAGUCAUCUUGGAAAAUUGGUAACCGUGCUUCCACUUUUUUGUGUUGUCCUAAUAGAAAAUGUCUUUCACGGAAGAGCAGGGAAACAGGGAACUAUUUCUAAGCUUGCUAUUGUUCGAAAUACAAAGGAGUCGAAAUUUAACUUCUUGGUUAAUUGCAUUUCAUGGUGUAUAUAUUAUAUAUGUGGUUUAUAAGGAAAUCACUGACUAUGUAAGUUCUGUCGUUAAAUUGUAUUUUUCUAUGUCAUAAUUAUAGUAGAUUUGGCUUUCUCUGGGUAACAUGAAGAUUGUUAAACCACACACACACACACACUCACAUAUAAACACACACACACAACACACGUAUAUGUGUAUAAAAAACAAGAGUUCUAUUUUGGCACAAAGGCAUCUUAUAUUAUUUAUUGACUCCUUAAGUCUGUCUUCAUCAGAGACAUUCCUUAUCAGUUCUGCCCCCCUUGGUUUGUGUCGUGUUAUUUAAAGAAACGGCCGCCUUGGCACCGUCCAGCAGAUGAGUUGGGGCUGGCGUGCGCCCAGCAAGCGGUGCAUGGGGGGUCGCCCUGUUCACAGCCCGGGCUCGCCCUUUCCACCAGCGCCCACCCUCCAGCCAGGCUGGGAGGCCCGUGCACGCACACGGCGACAUCUGCCUGGGCCUUCAUCUGCCCCCCUGCCGCUUCAUCUACCUCUUCAAAGGCCGCUUGCUUCUGGGCGGUGCCCUGGCACCCUCCGUGAAGACAGCCUCCCCCGUAGAAGAAGGUCCGGGAGACACUUCCCUGUGCUCCCCAAAUCUGGGUCACCCUCCCCACACCCAGGGCAGAAGUGAGCAGGGCGGGGCAGCCCUCCCAUCCUCCUGGGUCGCCUCAAGGGAGCCCCCUGGGAGCUGGGUGCAGGGGGCGCUGAGUUCCACCCCUGGGGCACCGCUCCUCCUCCUGACCGUGCCAACCCCCCCACACACACACACUGUCCCCCGGGAUCUGGUUGUCACUCCUGAUUUGUCAGCCGCUGGAUGGGAAGACCUCGGGACUGUCGGACUGUCGGGGUGUCAGCCGUCCACUGUGGGGACGGCGUUUGAAUGGGACUGGUCCCUGCUCUUGUGGAAUGUUCUGGGCAUGAGCCUGAUGGACACACACACACACACUCUGGGCAUGAGCCUGAUGGACACACACACACACACACACACACACACACACACACACACACGCUGAGAGAGGCCUGCCUUACAUCCCAGCAGGAUGGAGUGGGUCCUCCCGAGGGCUCUCACGGGUGGCGGAACCGUCCCCCCUCCCCCUCUGUCCUCAUGGCUGAGUGUCCGUGUCCCCGCCCCUCUUCAAGACGUGCCCCGCCUUCUCCUGCCCUGCACUGCUCCACCCGGAGUGAAGCCCGAGCUGCUGCCGUGCCCCCGACACCGGCUCCGCCUCUCCGCCGAGUCUUUCUUCUCUCUCACCGCGGCUGCGCCCGUGGAGGGUCCCGGCCCCUCAGUGGACGUUUCGCUAGUGCACGCUGGAACUAGUGCAUCGCCCGCCCUGCGCCCCCCCACUCCCACUUCCUCGGGGACUUUGGAGCCGCGGGGCGGGUUUCCUCUGUGGAUCAAUUGCUUAUAUAAAAAUCUCAAUAAAAAAGAAAGGACCUGA